AUGACCAACAUCGCUCCUCUCUUAACCUUGAAACUAUCAUCCACCAACUUCCUCUACUGGCGAACUCAGAUGCGUCCUCUCCUGUCUCUUCAGCAUCUUCUGCCCCAUACAUGGGUACGGGAUGAACAAAAGGCUAUUGUUCUCCUUAAUGCUUCUCUCACUGAAGAAGCUUUGUUUGUGACCGUUGGUCUCCCCACGGCUCGAGCCAUAUGGCUUGCUCUCGAGAAUGCCUUCUGUAAUUCUUCUGUUAAACGCAUCCAGAAUCUUCGUGAUAAUCUGCGAAAUCUCCAAAAAGGCAAAAAAUCUGUCUCUGAAUUCGGUCACACUUUCAAAGCUCUGUGUGAUCAGCUUUGUGCGUUCGGGCACCCUGUUGACCCAAUGGAUCAACUCCACUGGUUCCUGUGUGGACUUGGUCCUGUAUUCGAAAGUUUUUCAACCUUGGUCAGAUCCGUUCUUCCUCUUCUUGGUUUUGAAGAUCUUCUUGCAAGAGCAGAAAGCCAUGAAUUAUUUGUUAAGGCCUUACAUGGUUCAUCCACACCUCCUGUUGCCUUUUCGGUUCAAUCUCCCAAUCAGUCCUCCAGUCGUCCUAACCGUUGCUCAUCCCAGCAUGACGCACCUACUUCUCAAGCCCAGUCAAGGCCCAACUGUUCCAACUCUUCCUCCACUAAUGUUCGUAGCCCAAGCCGUUAUUCUAAUGGUCCUCAAAACCGCAGUCGACGUCCUCCAACAUGUCAACUCUGUAGGACACAAGGUCACUAUGCCACACAGUGUUCUAAACUUGCUACCUUUGCUACUUCCAUGGCACCCAAUGAAGAACAACUUGUGCAUGCUUUUCAUGCUCAAUAUGGCUUGAACCCCACCAUUCCGGACUGGACUUGUGACACUGGAGCAUCUGAUCACAUGAUUCCUAACCCAAAUAAUGUUCAGAACUCCUCAUCUGCCCAAGACGAGUUUUCUUAG